AUGCAUGCGAAGGCGAAAGGCGCGCGGCGGCCUUCCUCACGGCAACACAAGUCGCUGAUGAGGUGUCUGGAGGUUUGUGCAAGAGGCCCAGUCGAUCAGCUUUGGCUCACACUUGUCCUGCUGCUGCUGCUGCUGCUCUUAUUGUUGUCGCUGACGUUACUCUUGCGUCCGGAGCCCUUCUAUGUCCCGGGCAGCGAUGGCGAUACUGUUCUCGCCGCCGCCGCCGCCGUCAAUUUCAGUGGUGCCACUGCCUCGGCCGGUGUGAAUGCCGGCGAUGGUGUCGCUGAGCCGACGAUCCAGACGAGGCGCUCACGCACCUUUUUUUUACCGUACGACGACGGUACUGCGGAGGAGGAAGAGGACGAAGGAGGCGCGGGUGACACCGACCCUGACCUUCAGAGGGAGGCGCUGGACGACACGGAGAUGCAGUCGCUACGGGGCAGCUAUCGCCUUUACCGGAACGCGUGCCUUGCGGGGAGUGGGACGCGGCUGCAACUCGAUCGCUCUUUGGGGAAUAAAACGCCGCAACGAGACGUGGCUCUUUUUAUCGCACACGGUGGUGCGUGCGAUUCCGGGGCGUUGAGCCGGGCGAUGACGUCGCUCUUUGCAUGGCUGCAGCAGUGGGGGUUGUCACUGGGGAGGCGCAACACGUCGCGUCUCCCGCUGUGUACCUCAGGGAGGGGGGUUCCGUGCACGGUCACCAUCCUCGUUGCUGUGGCCAACGCUGGAGGCGGCCGCUGCGGGCGCACGGAUCGGUUUCGCUUUGACCGCUCCCGUCUGCUGCACUGGAUUCGUGUGGUGACGGGGCUUUUUGACCUGCCGCCGUGGUGGGGCGACGAGGGCAGCGCUGCCGAUGAAGUGGCCGCGACGCGUUACGUGGUGGUGGAGCUGGGAACUGGUAGGAUGGAGGCGUCAACGUCGGUGAAAUCGUCACCGCAACGCGCUUUCGGAUGCUAUUCGCACGUCGUGCGCACGGGGGAGGGAUCGCCGCGUUGGUUUCCCUCCACUUCGAUGGCGCACCGCUUUCGCCAGCGAUGGUUGCGGUACUUGCAUCGCCAACGCAGUCAGACGGGGCCGUUGAGGUCGGAUCCAGUUCAGGCUAUGACUGCCAUGUGGGGCGCACAACCACUCUCCCCGGUGCUGCGCCGCAUGCUCGUCGGCGCCGUCAUGAGUAAUACGACGCUGGCGGAGGCUCUUGGGGGACAGGACGAUGGCGGCGUUAGUGGUGGCGGCAAGGCAGCCUCCUUGCUGCCUGCGCGGCGCCCCGGCAACCGUUUGGCAGGGGCCAUACUUCCUCGCACGCCGGCAGAGGCGUCGUCCUUGCGAAACACCAGUGCGCUGCGGCUGACAGUCUUGCUGCCUCAUGCAACCGAGCAGCACGACGUGGAGGAGAUGGUUCUGUACCUGCACCAGAAGUUUGGGCAGGCGUGUCGUAUCCAACUUUUCUACAUGUACGGCGAGAGGCCGGCCAGCGCUGCAUUGGAACACGUGACGGUGUCUUUUGCGCACGGGGACUAUCUUGAGUUUUUGCGAGUGCUGGCGCUGACCGACCUUCUGAUCACCCCGCAUCGUGCUGCGCUGGCCUCGAUGGUAGUGAUGCAGCCGGGGAGUGUUGUGGUGGAACUCUUUCCGCGUCUCUGUCGUUCCUCUCUGUACCUGGAGUUGGCUGUGGCGAUGCGUGUCGUGUACGUUAGCCACGAGGGCGAGGGGCAGGCGGCUGCCAAGGCGCACCCCCAGCCUGGCGCGGGCAGCACUGCGGGGUCGGUGGCGUGGGACGUGAGAGAAAACGUGUCGACGCCUGCGGCUGUGGCUGGCACGCCGCGGCGUCCGCUGCGUCUCUUUCAUCCCGUGUCCGCGUGUCGUCAUCGGCGCACCACGGGCGUCUCCGCCGCUCGCCUCUAUCACGUGGUGAAGAACGGCCUCUCGUCGGUGUGGCUGCGCAACAGCCGCUUCUCCGGUGUCAUGGCCUUUGACCGCCGUUGA